AUGAAAGCCUUCCAAAUCCUCCUCUCAGCCGUCCUCACUCUGGGCGCCCUGGCAGCACCGCACGAUGAGAUGGCCAAAAGAGCCGACCGCGGCUCUUACACCGUCUCCGGCCUCGCGUCGCGCAAGCAGGCCAUCUUGAACGCGGGGGGAAACACACUCGAUCUCGCCAUCGCCAUGCUCGAGACCGAGACAAUGACAACCAACUACGUGUAUGGAGAUGCAAAGACCUACGACGCCGCGAACUUCGGCCUCUUCAAGCAGAACUGGGGUAUGCUCCGUGUCUGUGCGACGCGGUACGGCCUCGCUGGGCAGUCGGAGGCUCAGUGGAAUAAUGGUGCUGUACUCAACUCGAACGUGUACGCCGACGUCGCGUCCCGCUGGGACUGUCAGGGGUACUAUGGCGUGGACCUGUGGUUUGCGGGACACCGCAAUGGUGCGAGCGGACUGAGCAAUCCCAACACGGAUGAUAUUAACAAGUACAAGACUGCCGUCUACUGGAUCCAGGCGCAGAUCGACAGCAACUCGGUCUACAAAUCGGAUGAUACGCGCUUCUGGGUUGACGUUGAAGCCAUCUAA